GGGCGACGCUAGCGUCCCGUCCCGGCCGCGGUGCCUCGCGGGGUUCGCGGCGCGGGGGUACACACAACAUAAAGGCGUUAUGGCGGAUGAGUGACCAUGGGGGGCGGGAGUGCUUCGCAGUAGAUUUUGGACUAUGAGGACUGUUGUAAACGACUGUUUUUGCUCGGAUUGUGUUGCCUGUUUCAAUCAAGAUGAACCUACAACAGACGUGUCGCCUAUGCUUAGGACAGGGAGGAGUCCUUUCUCCCAUUUUCCAGGAGUCCGUUGGGGGUGGCGAGGGCAGCCGAAGCGCGCCCCAGCCAGCCCAACCCCAGCCAACCCUGCCCCUCAGGAUCAUGGCCUGUGUGCCCAUCCAGGUUCUUGAAGGAGAUGCUCUCCCAGCACAGAUCUGCCAUAGGUGCUUGUAUCAAGUGGAGCGUUCUUAUGACUUUAAAGAGCAAUGUGUAACCUCAGAUAAAAUUCUUCGUCAGUAUGUUGCACAAACUCUUGAUCAAUCUAAGAAAAGACAUGAAGACUUACCCUCUGAUGGUGCAGCUUCUGCUGGAAAAAAGUUGCAUUCAUCAAAAGAAGAUAAAGUGGAUGGCACAUUCCAUGGGCUUGUGGAUUUGUCUUCGGUGAUAGAAGGUGGUCCAACCAAGAAAGCCAAGUUGUCAGAAGCUCACAAGGAGGUAAAAUUCAACAUUUUGCAGUCUAAACUUUCAGCUAUUAUUCACCAACGUCCAACUGUCUCACCUGAAGAGGAUGUGGAUUCUGGUCUUUUGGAAUCACUUGCUGAUUGUGAUGACCUCCAAGUAGUGAAAAGUGAAGGUGAAGGUGAGGCACAUCAAUAUGACAAAAUGGACGAUGACCUUUCUGAUAGAUCUGAUUCGUCUGAAGAUGAGAUACGUUUGCGUUGCAAAAUGUGCAAGGAUACAUUCCCUUUCAUUGAUAUUUUAGAGUCUCAUGAGGCUGCACAUGAUGCCAAUGACUCUCCCUACGCAUGCUCUAUUUGUGACAAGGUGUUCUCUGAAAGAAGUCUCUUAGAUGCUCAUUGGCAGGUCCAUAGUGGGGAAAAUCCUCUGCAGUGUCCUCUAUGUGAAACAGUCUUUUCUAGUGAAGACUUAAUGGAGAAUCACUUGGAGAGUCAUGAUUCCAGUCUUCCCUUCUCAUGUUUAACAUGUGACAAAGCGUAUGCCACUCGAUCAGAUCUGAUCAAGCACUCAGUCAUUCAUUCUGGCUUACGACCAUUCAAAUGUAAAAUUUGUCCCAAAGAGUUUGCCAGGAGCACAAAUUUCAACAAACACAUGAGAGUUCACAUUGGUCAGAAAUCUUUCUGUUGUAAUGAAUGUCCCAAAAUGUUCAGAACCAAAGGUGACUUGCAUCGGCAUGAAAUCAUUCAUACUGGUCAAAAGCCAUAUUCCUGUUCUUUGUGCAACUUAUCCUUCAACCGUAAAGAUAAACUGGUUCGACAUGAAAGGCUUCACUCUUCAGGGAAUCCUUUUAACCCCCAUGGUAUGAUGUUUAAAGGUGAUGAUCAGCCAGUGCAGGAGGAAGCAACUGAUCUAAGCAUGCCUUCUAAAAAAGAUGCAUUCAAUGAUCAGCAGUCUGAGAGCAUGGAGUUUAAUGAUGAUGAAAGUACUGUUGACACUGAGCCCGACAACCAGCUGCAAAUAUGCGAGGACCCUAUUGAUGAAGGCAAUUCUGAUAACCAAACUUGUGAUGCCCUUAAACACGAAGAAAGUGAAAAACAAGCAGGUGUUGAAUCAAUGGUUAUAAGCCUUGAUCCAUUUCAAAUGGAGCGAAUGGAUUCUAGCUUGAAAGAAUCAGACAUACCACCUAACUUUCCUUUGUCUUCCAUCAAGUCCGAGUAUGAGAAGGAAGAAUUUUCUCCCAAUGAGAAUGACAUGGAUGGUAAUAUCCAGGAAAAUACCAAGCCCUAUGCAUGCGAGUACUGCCCAAAGAAAUUUGCAGACAAGAGUUACAUGAAAACUCACCAACUCACACAUUUGGGUAUCCGACCUCAUGCAUGUAGCUACUGUGGUAAAGGAUUCUUUCGUAGACGAGAGCUGCUUCGUCAUGAAGCUGUGCACACAGGUAUCAAGCCUUUUACUUGCAAGACCUGUAAUAAAGCUUUUGCUCGAUCAGACAAACUUAUGCGUCAUGAACGUACACAUGGUGAACCAAAAAACUUUAAUUGCUCUCAGUGCCCUGCUGUAUUUUCACGCAAAGAUGAGUUGUCUAGGCAUGGAAUGUGUCAUACUGGUGAACGCCCACAUUGUUGCUCUCAGUGCUUUAAGUCCUUCUUCUCUCGCGCUGAGCUAACUAGACAUGAAAAAACACAUGCAGGUUUGAAGCCUUUUAAAUGUGACUAUUGUGACCAGUCUUUCCACCGUCGCGAUAAGUUAAAUCGCCAUGUUCGUACUCACUUGUCACCGGCUGCACCAUCAGCUGAUACAAACAUCCUAGGCACAGUCCAUCUUCAUGAUUUGUUGGCUGCUCAUUGUGGUCAGCACUUUGCUGCUGAAGUUCGUGUGAAAGAAGAGAAGGCUGAAGUAGGUGAUGAGCUGAAGGUGAGGGUUGAUGGUUCCAUUGAUGCUAGGGCCCUUGCUCGCCUUAACCAGAACCCUGAUAUUCAUCUUAUUCCAUUGAAGCAAAACUAAUGCACAGGAGCUGUUUUGUAAACAUUCCAUAUUUAUUUUAGUCAUCUAGCCCAAUGAUUUUCCUCGCAUUUUUCAUGCCUAUUUGGGUUUAUUUGUCUUUUUUUUUUCUAGGUACUAGUAGUCAGUUAAUUUGUUUGGUUAUUUUAGUAACAGUAACUUAUACUGUGAACUUUAUUUUGUUAGUAACUUACUGCACCAAAGUAUUCUCUCUUGUGAAGGCUGUUGAGUCUUCCAGCACAUUUUCUCAAGACUAGUCCACAGAAUGCAUACAUUCACUUUAGUUAUUAAGUCAUGUACCUAAGGUAUUAAAAAAAUGUUGUGUCUUUGAGUUUGUGUUGAGGUACUUCCUACACACAAUCUCUGUGAUAGUAAACUUUGCAGGGAUAGCUUAGCCUGAAUUCAGGUGCUCAAAGCAUCAGUGUUCCAUUGAAUGGGGUAAACUCACCAAGACCUAUGUGAGAUAUGUAACUUAUUUUUAUAUUUAUUUAAGUAUUUAUUUAUUUAUUCCUUUUUCUUCUCAAUUUCCAAAGGGAAGUUUGGCUUAAUUUAUGAUAUGUAUUCUAGUUAAAGCAAAGAUUUUGAUCAUUGUACUUUUGUGCAUUGGUCAGAUCUGCAAUAUUUGUUGUCAAAAGACAACUUAACAUUCCAAUUGAAUUUUUUCUUCUCAAAGCCAUUUUUAUGCUCAAGAAAGACUAAAUGUUUGUCGUUUUUACUGCGGAAAAGAGUAUCCUGAAAAGACUGCUAGUAUUGAUAAAUUAUGCCUUUAUUUAAGUCUUGAAACUCCAAACUUGUCUGAGAGGCCUAGGCAUAUCAUUAUGUUAUCAUGGUACUUAUGACUGAUUGUGCAGGCUUUUCCUUCCAUUCAGACCUAACAUUCCAUGGUAUUAAUUUCUUCCAAAGAUGAUUGCUCUCUGUACUAAGGAGAAUUUUUGAAACCAAAUUGUUAAGCCCAUGAUAUACCUGAAACAAAGAUUGACUGCCCACUACUAAUAUUUUUGAUACUGAAACAGUCUUUAGCAAAACAACCCCUAUUCUUAAGAACUAUUUUUAUACCCUUUUUUUUUUUUAAAGUUACGGUGUGUCUCAAGGUUGUGAACUUAUGACUCAAAAGUCUUUUUUUUUCUUUACACUCACCAAAGAUCUAAACAAGAUUUGAACAAAGAAGUCGGUUUCUGCCACUGUACAAAGAAUUCCUGUCUUUCCCAUUUCACGUUGGCAUUGUCCUCUCUACAUUUCCAUUAUAUUGUAUGUAACUACUUUAUUUAGCAUAGCAACCACUAAGUCAUCAUUGUCAUUGUUUCUCUCAUUUAUCACUAUUUUGGUUGUGAUGUUACAACAUUACGUACAUUCCUCUUCUAUUUUGUAUCAUGCUCUGCUAAACCAAAUAUUUUAUCUAACCAUGGCUACUUAUUUACCAAUGAAACAAUGUGUGUGCCUUAAUUCUGCGUCAUUAUCCAAAGCUAAUAUUUUGCUAGUCAGGCAUUGUUUAUUCAAACCUUUCACUGACUUGAAAGAAAGUCUCAGUUUGUCUUCCCUGAAUGUUUCUCAUACAUGUAUUAGAGUAGUACUCAAAAGGAACAGGAAAAUUUCUGUUGCUCUGACAUGUACCCCUUUGUUUUUUUGGAGCUCUAGUCGUUGAGGUUAAUAUAAGAUUUUGACAAAAUGUCUCUAGAAAUAGUUUUGCUUAAUUUGUGAACACUUUUCCUCUUAUUGUAUUUUUUAAAAAGUGUGAUUGCUCAUCCAGAAUGUCAUUUAAAAUGUUCCUGGAAUUCAAGUUCCUCCUUGGAUUCACACAUGAAUGGUUCAGUUUAAAUUUGUGCAUGUGUCUGUCUAUUGUUCAUUCCCUAACUUGUUAGUCUGUUGUGAGCAUGGACUAUGUUGCAAUCCCAAACCAGUAUUCAUCUGAGUCAAACUUGCUCAAUUUUUUAAUGGUCAAUGUAAUUUUGGUUUUUCUUUUCAAUUUCUUAAGGGAAGAAAGUUAAAUCAAUAUUUUCAGGAAUUGUCUAUGUAUGAUCAAAGGAAGAUAUUUUUCUAUUUGGUUGUAGUGCUUCCCAAUGGUGUGUUGUGCAUCAGUGUAAAUACUGUACAAAUGUGGUUGUGCACAAUGCAGUGAGUGUGUGAUGUAGUUCUAAUAAUUAUCAAAAAUAAACACACAGAUAAA